AUGAACGCACCCGUCCUCCACAAACUCUCCCCCGCGCGGUGCCCGCUGUCCACGUCUCCUACAGCUGACGCAUUCGACAUCCCCGCAUCCACACGGCUCACCCAAACUGCCGCCGCUCGUGCAAGCCGGCAGAUAUCGGCCGCUCUCGAUGCCAACGAGAGGGAAGUUACGGCGACGGCGAGUCUUCCCACCUACCUCUCCCUUCUUGUCUCUGCUUCUACCACUCCCCGCUCGCACAAGACGAGUCCGCGCACUCCAUACCCUCGCGCACCCUCCGCUUUUCAUCACAAUCCCCAACGCCUCGCGAACGCGAACACCACCCUGAACACCGCUGCUGCGCUCGCGUGUCUACAACCAACGCGCGUCUCUAAGACGCGUCCCCGUCUCGGCACAUCCUGCAUUCAUCAAGAGCCGGCCACCAUGAAAACGGUGCCUACGUCGAUACCCAUCCUCGGCAGCGCGGGCGUGCUCGCACUCAACCUCAACCGGCCAUGUCGGCACAUCGCGCUCGCGCUCGCGCAACGUUCGGGGAUUGCAGAACUUGCCGUACUUGGUGCAAUCGACUACUAA